AUGGGUAUACUAAUGGAGGGAAAAACCGCUGGACUUGGAGCUCAAAAAUCGAGCGGGAAAUUGAUUUCGAAACAUCCUACCAUGAAGGUCUUCUCGCACAAGAAAAUCAAGACGACCAUGUAUUUGAAGGCAUCGACGCCGUAUAUUUCCGCGUUGAAGCGGAUCGGUAAGUUGCUGGGUUCGUUACGACGCCAUGGCGCAGAGUACGUGUCGGUGUUAGGGAUGGGGAAAGCUGUGGAAAAAUGUCUUUCCGUCGCAUGUCACUAUGAGGGCGAAAGAGCGUACCGUGUCGAAGUGAGAACGCAGAGCGUUUCUGUUUUUGACGAGAUAGCUGACAGCGACGAUAGCGAGAUCGACAUACGCGAUGAAGACAGAGAAACGCGGUUGCAACCGCGAAAUUUGAGCGGAGUUGAAGUUAGAAUAUAUGCAAGCUAA